GAGGCGGCGCCGCCGGGACUGCCUCCUCCCCGCCCCUCGCGUCUCCUCCCCGCGCCACCAGGAAGGACAAGGGGACUGGGCACGGGGACCCCGGCCAGUGAGCGCCCGUGCCCCGGGACCGCCCCUCCCGUGCGCUCUCUCGCCGCGAUCCUGGGCCGGUCUCGCCCCGCAUGGUGCUGGCAGCAGCCAUGAGCCAGGACGCGGACCCCAGCGGCCCGGAGCAACCGGACAGAGAUGCCUGCAGCCUGCCGGGCGCCCAGGCGUCCCCAGCACCCCCCGGCCCGCGAGGGAUGCAGCCGCCGCCGCCGCCGCCCCCGGCCGGCCUACCCCAGAUCAUCCAAAAUGCCGCCAAGCUCCUGGACAAGAACCCGUUCUCGGUUGGUAACCCGAACCCUCUCCUUCCUUCGCCUGCCAGUCUCCAGCUGGCUCAACUGCAAGCCCAGCUCACCCUCCACCGGCUGAAGUUGGCACAGACAGCUGUCACCAACAACACUGCGGCCGCCACGGUCCUGAACCAAGUCCUCUCCAAAGUGGCCAUGUCCCAGCCUCUCUUCAACCAGCUGAGGCAUCCGUCUGUGAUCAGUAGCCCCCACGGCCACACCGGGGUACCCCAACAUGCUGCGACCAUACCCAGCACCCGGUUUCCCUCUAAUGCAAUUGCCUUUUCAUCCCCCGGCCAGACACGGGGCCCAGGACCCUCCAUGAGCCUUCCCAGCCAGCCCCCCAGUGCCAUGGUGAUGCAUCCUUUCAGCGGGGUAAUGCCUCAGGCCCCUGGCCAGCCAGCAGUCAUCUUGGGCAUUGGCAAGACGGGGCCCGCGCCAGCUCCAGCGGGAUUCUACGAGUACAGCAAAGCCAACUCCGGCCAGACGUACGGCUCUGAAACAGACGGUCAGCCCAGCUUCCUGCCAGCCUCUGCCUCGACUUCAGGCAAUGUGACUUACGAAGGGCACUACAGCCACACGGGGCAAGAUGGCCAAGCUGCCUUUUCCAAAGACUUCUACGGACCCAACUCCCAAGGGUCGCAUGUGGCAGGCGGAUUUCCAGCUGAGCAGGCCGGGGGCUUGAAAAGGGAAGUGGGGCCGCUGCUGCAGGGUGCAGACGGCCCGUGGGACAGCCCCCACGGAUUCUCUGGCCAGAGCAAGCCUGAUCUCACAGCAGGCCCCAACCUGUGGCCUCCACCCCCUGGCCAGCCCUACGAGCUGUACAACCCCGAGGAACCCACCCCAGACAGGACCCCUCCUUCCUUUGGGGGUCGGCUUAACAACAGCAAGCAGGGCUUCAGCAGCGCCCGGCGGCGGGCCAAGGAGGAGCAGGCAAUGCUCUCCGUGCGGCCCCUGCAGGUUCAGGAGCUGAAUGACCUUCACGGCGUGGCCCCCCUCCACCUGCCCCACGUCUGUAGCAUCUGCGACAAGAAGGUGUUUGAUUUGAAGGACUGGGAGCUGCAUGUGAAAGGGAAGCUGCACGCUCAGAAAUGCCUGGUCUUCUCUGAAAACGCUGGCGUGCGGUGUAUCCUUGGUUCGGCGGAGGGAGCACUGUGUGCCUCUCCCAACAGCACAGCCGUUUACAGCCCUGCUGGCAACGAAGAUUACGCCUCAAACCUCGGAACGCCGUACGCAGCCAUUCCAGCGAGGUCAUUUGCUCAGUCAAGUCCCACGUUUCCUUUGGCUUCCACGGGGACAAAUUUUGCGCAGCGGAAAGGUGCCGGCCGUGUGGUGCACAUCUGCAAUCUCCCUGAAGGAAGCUGCACUGAGAAUGACGUCAUUAACCUGGGGCUGCCCUUUGGAAAGGUCACUAAUUACAUCCUUAUGAAGUCGACUAAUCAGGCCUUUUUAGAGAUGGCUUACACAGAAGCUGCCCAGGCAAUGGUCCAGUAUUAUCAAGAGAAAUCUGCUGUGAUCAAUGGUGAGAAGUUGCUCAUUCGGAUGUCCAAGAGAUACAAGGAAUUACAGCUAAAGAAACCCGGGAAGAACGUGGCUGCCAUCAUCCAGGACAUCCAUUCCCAGAGGGAGAGGGACAUGUUCCGGGAAGCAGACAGGUAUGGCCCAGAAAGGCCACGGUCCCGCAGCCCAGUGAGCCGGUCCCUCUCCCCACGGUCCCAUACUCCGAGCUUCACCUCCUGCAGCUCUUCCCACAGUCCUCCGGGCCCCUCCCGGGCUGACUGGGGCAACGGCCGGGACUCGUGGGAGCACUCCCCCUACGCCAGGAGGGAGGAGGACUGGGACACAGCCCCCCGGAGGGAGAAUGGAGAUGACAAGAGGGACAGGACGGAGCCCUGGGCACAUGAUCGCAAACACCAUCCCCGGCAACUGGACAAGGCCGAGUUGGACGAGCGGCUCGAAGGAGGGAGGGGGCACCGGGAAAGGUACCCGAGGUCUGGGUCCCCCAACCCGCUGCACUCUGCGUCCAGCUACAAAAUCCGGGAGGACAGCUACUACCGGAAGGAGCUCAAAGCCAAGUCGGACAAGUACCCGAAGCAGCAGCAGGACGCCCCGGGGAAGUCCAGGAGGAAAGAUGAGGCCAGGCUGCGGGAAAGCAGACAGCCCCUUCCCGACGACUCAGGCAAGGAAGACGGGCUGGGGCCAAAGGUCACUAGGGCCCCUGAGGGCGCCAAGUCCAAGCAGAGUGAGAAAAAUAAAACCAAGAGACCUGAUAGAGACCAAGAAGGAGCUGAUGAUAGAAAAGAAAGAAAAAUGGCAGAGAAUGAGGUAAUGAUGCAAUCUCUUCCCCAGGCUGGAAAAGAGGAACAGGAGGGCUUGGAAGAAAGCCCCCAAUCAGUGGGCAGACAGGAGAAAGAAACAGAGUCCUCUGAUCCGGAAAACACACGGACAAGGAAGGAGCAAGAUUGGGAGAGUGGAAGUGAGGCAGAGGGGGAGAGCUGGUAUCCCACGAACAUGGAGGAGCUGGUCACAGUGGAUGAAGUCGGGGAGGAAGAGGACUUUAUCAUGGAACCAGACAUCCCAGAGCUGGAAGAAAUUGUGCCCAUUGACCAGAAAGACGAUAUCUGCCCAGAAAUAUGUCCCUGUGUGACAACCACUUUAGAUUUCACCAACGAAGGAGUCAAGGCCAUUGGGAAUGGGGCGGCAGAAAUCAGCCUCAAAUCACCCAGAGAACUGCCUCCUGUUUCCACGAGCUGUCCCAGUGACAUAGACGUGGAAAUGCCUGGCCUAAAUCUGGAUGCUGAGCGGAAGCCAGCUGAAAGCGAGACAGGCCUCUCCCUGGAGGAUUCAGAUUGCUACGAGAAGGAGGCAAAGGGAGUGGAGAGCUCAGAUGUUCAUCCGACCCCUGCAGUCCCGCAAAUGUCUUCCCCCAGGCCAGCAGACGAGAGGGCCCAGCAGCCUAGCCCCUUUCUCGAUGACUGCAAGACCAGGGGGACCCCCGAAGAUGGGGCUUGUGAAGGCAGUCCCCUGGAGGAGAAAGCCAGGCCCCCCACCGAAACCGACCUCCAAAGCCAGGCUUGCCAAGGAGUGGUGACCCCCGAAAACUCCAGGUACGUGGAAAUGAAAUCUCUGGACGUGACAUCACCAGAAUACACUGAAGCGGAGCUGAAACAGCCCCUUUCUUUGCCUUCCUGGGAACCAGAGGAUGUGUUCAGCGAACUUAGCAUUCCUCUAGGGGUGGAGUUCGUGGUUCCCAGAACUGGGUUUUAUUGCAAGCUGUGUGGGCUGUUCUACACGAGCGAGGAGAUGGCGAAGGUGAGCCACUGCCGCAGUGCUGUCCACUACAGGAACUUACAGAAGUACUUGUCCCAGCUGGCUGAGGAGGGCCUCAAGGAGACGGAGGGGGCCGGCAGCCCGAGGCCCGAGGACGGCGGGAUCGUGCCACGUUUCGAAAGGAGAAAGCUCUGAUGCUGCUGCUGCUGCUGCUGCUGGAAGGUGGGAGACGGGGGCCUGCCCAAGUGGGGCCUUCCUGACCGCUGGGACAGGACUAAGGCCCGAGAGGAAGGAAAGCCAGGCAGGUCGUGUUGCUUGGGUUUGUUCCCAGAGACUCAUUAAAAUGCCCCCAAAGUGUCUCCAGGAGCCAAGUCACCCUGGCGUGUCCAGCCGCUGAGGGUCACCAACUCUCCCUGUUGACUUUUGUUUCUCUCAAGUGAUCUUUCAAUUUGCUCCUCUCUCUCUCUUCCUCUCCCUCCUCUGUGCCAAGGAUCAUUUCCUUUUCAUAAAAUCCAACUUCUCAGGGAUUUUUCACAGUGUUUAAAUUCUUGCUAGGGUAUAACAGGUCAGGCCAGGCUGAGUCAUGCAGGGAAACGGUUUAAUGGAAACUCCUGGGUCGAGUGAACCCCUUCAGGGAAUCUGCAGAGGUGUUCCUGCCUGGCGUCCCGUGUGUCCCGCAGGGAGAGCGGGGUUGCUGAGUGGGGUCCUGCAGCCCCAGAGAGAGGACAUCAUAGACAGUCAGUUGGCAGAAGCUGAGAGUGGCUUCAUUAACCUCUUUCUCCAGCUGGACUGCCUUUUUGAAAAGCCCCUGUCUUUAGUAACUCUUUCAUCUUCUGAACUAUUCCAUUAAGUCUGCCAGAUUUAUGCCUUAAAGUAAAAUUAAAUGAAUUUUAUGGGGGAAGAAAAGAGCCCUUCGUUUUGGAAGUUCUAAGUUUCCUCUAAACCUGUCUCCCUCCUCUUGAUUUCAGGAGCUGUCAGGCUUUGUUCUGUUCUGGGCAAUGAAUUUGGUAUAGAUUCGUUUUAAUUAAAAAUGAAAACGGAAGCAGCUUCUCCCUCCAGCUGAAACAGCAGUUGGCAUGGCCUUAGGUCGAGGGCUGGCCUCUCUGCAGCGGGUGGCACUGGCUCGAGAGGCACAGUAACAAGGAAGCAGCAUCUGUCCUUGACUCACCCUUGGUGCCUGUAGUCUGGGAUGCAGCAGCCUCACAGUGGGAUGGUUUUUAAAUGGCCCUGCAGUGGGGGAAGAAGCUAAGGAAAGAGACGGCUACAGGGCCGAAGAGCAGCGUUUGAGGUUUUCCAGUGGUUUAUGGGGGGCCCUUUCCAACUGGGCAGAGGUUGAGGGCCCCCAGGGUUUGACCGAACGCACGUGCAGACUUUGAUGUCAAGAUGUUGUGAAGAACAGAACCCUUGUUCCCAGCGCUCUGUCUGGUAUGGAGGUCGGUGCCCUCAGUCCCCCGAAGGGCUGUGGGCUCUCUUGCCGGACAGUCCAUCAGAAGGGUUUGGGACAAGGGUGCUGGGGGAAAUGAGGCGCUGCCACAGCCACGCAGCUGCACCCAGGAAGGUCAGAGGGAGCCUGGGGCUGUUUUCAUGAGCUGAGCUACUCCCCUGAAGGUGCCUUCCCUGGCUUCGCCUGUGAAAAAUAAAACAAGGAAGAUGGGUCAGUCUCCCCUGGGCAGUUCCUGUCCUUUCUAUUCCUGACUGCGGGCAGGUCCACUGAGAAGGGAUUGUGUGUGGGUUUUUGUUUUCAUUUUUCUUUUUAUGGUAAGUCAGAGCAUACUGCACAUUCUUUCCUCUGCACUAAUGGAAGGAGGGUGGAGGGAUUAUCUAGCUCAACAGGGAUGUUUUAUAUCAGGAAACUGAAGCACAGAAAGGAAACAAAUGUAGAACAUAGAAAGAUCAUGUGGAAACCUUGAGGCAUACGGUCACGGGCAAAGAGAGAACUGUGGGACCCCGGGAGAGACAAGAGUUAAGGCACCAGAGCGAAAAAGACCAGUUUGGACGGGUGUGGUGAGGAGAGGGUGGAAGAAGCAAGAAACCUGAACUGGUCAUCAGGCUGGUAAAUAAAAUGUACAGGAGGCCCCUGGUUUGGACCCAGCAGACCAAACCAAAAUGGAGUCACUCAUGCCAAAGUUCCACGUCACCAAGCCAAAACUGAGUUGGUUAUCUGACCUUCCAAGAAAUCAAGAGAGAGAGAGAGAGAGAAAAUAGACAAAUCCCCAAAUAGGCCAGUUUUAGCCAGCAUGAUAAGAAAGUCACCUCUGCUUUAUCUUUUACAAGGAAAGUAACUUUGAAAUGACCAGGCUGGUCUUUGUUCUCUGUGUCUCCUUUCCUCAGCCCUUCUCUGUCUAUAAAGCCAAGCUCCCCUGCUCAGCUUCUGGGAACACUUAUUCUAUUUCGUAGAAUGAGGUGUUGCCCAGUUCUAGAAUCAAAAAUAAAAGCCAAUUAAGAUCUUCAAAUUUGUUGUAAUUCUGUCUUUUGACAAGGCCAUAUGGGAGUGGUAGGAAAGUUGGUGUCUCAAAUAGAAUAAAGUCUGAAGAUCGUGGCUCGGCCCAGAUUGUUCCCCUGGCCGACUCCACAGGUUUUAACCUGGCAUUCUGGACACCAGCUGGGCCUCCUCCAUUUCUCAGAAAACCCUCAGCCCCGUGUGUCUUUCUUCCCACUGCGGGGAGGUCUGGGGGCAGCUCUUAGGCCUCCUCGCUGAACCUUGCUGGGAAAAGCCCACAUUCUCCAUCAGGGGCUGGAACGAUGCAUUAUCAGAGGCUGGGCGCUGUGUCCCCCAGCAAAGUGGGAGCAGACCUCACAGCUCAUUUUCCUCCUCCCCCCAACCCCAGCAGCAUUUCCAUGGAAACCCAGGUGGUCAAGUUCCCGAGUAAUGUAAUGCCUCCCUUGCUGAUAGACUGACCUUCUUCAUGUUGGAAAGCUGGAGAGAGCCCCUGGGAGGGAGAGAGAAGAGGCUGUCUCUGCAUUCAAUCAGAACCUUCCGUUUAAAAUCAUCUAAGAGUCUAUACUUGUAUGUGUGUGUGUAUAUAUAUAUAUAUAUAUAUAUUUAUUUUUAUUUAUUUUUAUACAAUUCCAUUGGCAUGGUCCUUCACCAACCCUAUAAUUUGCACUUUUUAUUCCUAUGUGUGUCACACCCAAUGCAAUAUUAAAGGCAACCAGGAAAAUAUUGAUUUAUUUUUUAAAGCUUUUCUUUAGUGUUUUGUCAACCAUUUCAAAGUGUCUCUCAGAAAAGGUUGCCCAAGAGUAGCCUUGAGCAACAGAUCCAUUUGUACCCUGGGUACAACAUAAUAAAGGCCUGCAUAAUUUUCUUUCCAUUGUUAACAUCUGAAAUAAAGUGUCUCUACACAGUAUUCCCAAAGAAUUUGGUAAAUUUGAUGUUGGUGUGAGCAGCAACCAUUAGUAUCAGGGUUUCCCAUUCUUGGGCAGUUGGAGGCUGUGAUCUGUUAGACUGUACUUGAACUGGACCAGAGUUUGUUUUGUGAGUUUAAGAGAAAAACAAAAACACUAAGUUUGAACUUGUAAAGUAUUGAAAUCUAUUGAGUGUCCUAUAAAUUGUCACCACUUUUCUUGAUCUGUAUAACUGACUGCAAAGUGUUUGUUUUUACAGAAGGAAAAAAAAAUUUUUAAUAAAGAGAAUUUG